ACCAAGGGUGAUUUCCAUCAUGGUAUGUAGUCGUGGAGGCCCAGAGAUAAGGCCACCCAGUCGGGGACCGAUCACCGGCUAGCUGCGACAGGGGCUUGCGCCAUCCGGCCCGGGGCAGCUGCAGCUCUGGUGGUGCAUCUGCGCAACGAUCACCACUACAAUCGGGAUGGACGGGCCCAAACCUUGCGCAGUGCGACUGGUGUACAUAAAGUCGCGUGCUCCUUGACUCGGUCGACACCUCUGGCCAUGUGCUCAGAGCCUCAGCCCUCGUGCCCUCUGAGCUGUCAACGCCAGUCCCGUGUUUGUAGAUCCAGACCAGGCUGAACCUGCUCGCCUCUCGUCCCGGCCCCGCAGCAUCUACAACCUCGGACACGCAGGCACCCCCAAUACUGCUCGCCCGUCAUGUCGCGCCGACUGCACAGCGGCAAGCUCAGCGCCCUGGCGCACAAGGUCGAGGUCGACCAUGAAGAAGGCCUCACUUCGGCUCAGCUACUGCUGACGAACCAUGACUUGAAACCCGUCGAGCCCGCGCGGCGGCUCUGGGGUCCAUGGAACUUUGUCGGCUUCUGGGUUGCCGACUCGUUCAACAUCAACACAUGGAUGAUCAGCUCGUCCAUGGUUGUCGCCGGCCUGUCCUGGUGGCAGUCGUGGAUCUGUGUCUGGGUUGGCUACUUCAUUGCUGGUUUCUUCAUCUGCCUGACUGGUCGCAUUGGUGCCAUGUACCACAUUGGCUUCCCCGUCGUCGCUAGGUCCUCGUUCGGUAUCUGGGGCAGUCUGUGGCCCGUCUUCAACCGUGCUGCCAUGGCCUGUGUCUGGUAUGGUGUGCAGUCGUACAUCGGCGGCCACUGCGUCUACAUCAUGAUCCGCUCCAUCUGGCUUAGCUGGGACCGGGAGACCAUGCCAAACACCUUUUCCGAGACCUCAGGCACGACGUCGGUCGACUAUGCGUCCUUCUUCAUCUUCUGGUUCUGCUCUCUGCCGGCCAUCUGGUUUCCCGUCCACCAGAUUCGCCACCUCUUCACCGUCAAGGCCUACUUUGUUCCGGCGGCAGGCCUUUCCCUGUUUAUCUGGGCUCUCGUGCGUGCUGGUGGCCCCGGUCCCAUCAUCAGACAGUCCAACACGAUCCACGGCAGCGACUUGGCGUGGGAGAUGGUGAAGGGCAUCAUGAGCUCCAUCGCCAACUUUGCGACCCUCAUUGUCAACGAUCCGGAUUUCUCUCGUUUCGCUGCCAAGCCAAAGGAUGCUCUGUGGUCGCAGUUCUUCACCAUCCCCACGGGCUUCGCCGUCACCUCCUUCAUUGGCAUUUUUGUGUCGUCCAGCUCCGUCAUCAUCUAUCCUGGCUCCGAGCCCAUCUGGGAUCCCCUCAACCUGUUGGAGAGCUUCAUCAACGACGGAGGCUCGGGUGCGCGCUUCGGUGUGUUUGUCAUUGCCGCCGCUUUUGCUCUCGCUCAGCUGGGUACCAACAUUGCCGCCAACUCGAUUUCUGCUGGUACUGACAUGACGGCACUGCUCCCCCGUUACAUCAACAUCCGCCGUGGUGGCUACAUUUGUGCUGCUGUUGGCCUCGCCAUGUGCCCGUACAGCCUCCUCACGUCUGCCAACCAGUUCACGACGUACCUGUCAGCAUACUCGGUCUUCCUCAGCUCGAUCGCCGGUGUCCUCAUCUCCGACUACUACUUUGUCCGCAGGGGCUACUUGGAGGUCAAGGAGCUGUACGACGCCCGCAAGACUGGUCCUUACUUUUUCAGCUUUGGUGUCAACUGGAGGGCUUAUGCUGCAUACAUUGCCGGCAUCCUGAUCAACGUCGUCGGGUUCGCGGAUGCGGUCGGCACUCCCGGUGUGCCAAUCGGUGCGAGAUAUAUCUACAACGUCAACUUCUUUGGCGGCUUUAUCGUGUCGUCUGGCGUGUACUACCUGCUCAGCAGGUUCUUCCCCGUUCCUGCGUGCUCGGACAAGUGGCUCGAGGUCGGCGAUGAGAUUACCGAUGUCAGCCUUGUGUACGACCACAGCAGCGGAAGCCAGCGCGAGUUUGACGAGGAGGCUGUCGUUGGAUCCAAGAAGUAUGAUGAUGAGCCGGCGAAGAUGUGAUUGGGCGUGGCUGUGAAAAACAAGUUCAGUUUCUAAAAGUACCUUGUGUGGAAUCGGAUGAUGAGGCUCAGGCCUUGGUAGUGAUUCGGGCCACGGCCAGAUGCCCAGAGGGGUAAUUGACUAUUCGUUCGUAUGCAAUGAGUAUCAUGGACAUGCCUCUCCCCGUGAUGUCAAGCGCUGGCCAAUGAAGAGGGCAAGGGCAGCUGCGCCUGAAUGAGUUUGAACACGUUUAAGAGCAUUGCUGGGUACCUGCUCCUGCCACAGUGAUUCAUUCCUAUUCGCUCAAGC